AUGCCCCCUAGCAAUAACAAUAACAACACCCCAAGACCCUGGGGAAGCCAAUACAGCACCGGCCAGAGAAACUGCAUCCAAGGCGCCGCAUUCAUGGAAAGUGACGACGAGGAGGGUCUCGCUUGGCAGCAUGUCGAGGAUAUAUCUAUCCUGACGCCUGAGGAAAAGGACUUUUCCACUGGUGCGACGGGCCGGAAUCGUGAGAAUGGGUUUAAGAAUGGUGGUAUCUCUGGCUCUGGUUCUGCUGAGGCGGGUGGUUCGAAAAUGGGGAUCUUUGGUUCUGCGAAGGAGGGUGGCUCUAAGAAGAGUUUCUUUGGCUUUGGUGCGAAGGGUAAGGGUAAGGGUCCUGCUGGGAAGAAUUGA